GAUGUCAUGGCGCCCGCAGUACCGCAGCUCCAAGUUCCGCAACGUCUACGGCAAGGUGGCGAACCGGGAGCACUGCUUCGACGGCAUCCCCAUCACCAAGAACGUGCACGACAACCACUUCUGCGCCGUCAACGCCCGCUUCCUGGCCAUCGUCACCGAGAGCGCCGGCGGCGGCUCCUUCCUCGUCAUCCCGCUGGAGCAGUGCAAGAACCACCGCGUGAACCGCGUCGUGUUCCUGGGGAGCACCAAGCGGCUGCUGACCACGGGCGUCUCGCGCUGGAACACGCGGCAGAUCGCGCUCUGGGACCAGGAAGACCUGUCCAUGCCGCUCAUCGAGGAGGAGGACGACGGGCUCUCGGGCCUCCUCUUCCCCUUCUACGACGCUGACACACACAUGCUCUACCUGGCCGGCAAGGGCGACGGCAACAUCCGCUACUACGAGAUCGGCUCCGAGAAGCCCUACCUGAGCUAUCUCAUGGAGUUCCGCUCGCCGGCGCCGCAGAAGGGCCUGGGUGUGAUGCCCAAGCACGGGCUGGACGUGUCGGCCUGCGAGGUUUUCCGCUUCUACAAGCUCGUCACCCUCAAGGGGCUCAUCGAGCCCAUCUCCAUGAUCGUGCCGCGGAGGUCGGAAACCUACCAGGAGGACAUUUACCCCAUGACGCCGGGCAUGGAGCCGGCCCUGACGCCGGACGAGUGGCUGAGCGGCAUGAACAGAGGUAGCGGGGGCUGCAUGCGGGACACGAAACGGCCAGGGAGAGAUGCGGAGCACUGGGCGCCCGCGGCGCCGCCGUCCCCAGCGCUCCCGGCAGCUCCGUCUCCUUUCCCCAAGCUGCUCCGCAUGUUCUUCCGUCAGCAAGACGAGAUCCGCCGGCUGAAGGACGAGCUCGCGCAGAAGGACAUCCGCAUCCGGCAGCUCCAGCUGGAGCUCAAGAACUUGUGCAACAGCCCCAGGAACACUUAACUUCCCAGGACGUUUUCUAAAUAAACUCUCCUUGUUUAUACUCGCUCUUUAAUUUUGUCGUACCCACUCACACAGACCGUGAGCCAGAAGUCGAGCGACCUGCCAAGAGGCCACACGCUAACUGGAAAUACGUCCUUGUAGUCUUGUCUAGCACUAAAAAGGCUC